GCAUCCCGGGCCGCUUCCACGUCACUGUUUUGAGCUUAUAACCAGAGCUAACUUGACCGUACUUCACAUGCACGAUUCGAUUCGCGAUUGGGGCAACUCUCCCUCGUCUUCUUCCCCAAAAUUAAAAUCGAAACAGUCAUUUUUAUUCCUGUACAACCAAAGUUUCUUCUCUUCAGGCGUACUGUCUCGUAGGCUCUGACUCACUGAGUUAUUCUCAUCAGGGGAUUUGCUUUGUACUUAUGGAUGAUGAUAGGUGUAUGGUUGUGAUGUGGACAGGGAGGAGGCAGCUGCUGUUGUGGUGUUAGUGUUGGUGGAGUUUUUGAAGAUCAGUGGUUGUAGGUGUUAGUAAGAAUUAAUUUGAACAUGAGUUCAAUCAGCAGAAGCCGAAGCAGGAGCAGAAGUCGGAGCCCAAUGGACCGUAGGAUCCGUUCAGAUCGCUUUUCCUAUCGUGAUGCACCUUACAGGAGAGGGUCACGUCGGGGUUACAGCCAAAACAAUCUAUGCAAGAAUUGCAAACGACCAGGUCAUUACGCUAGAGAGUGUCCCAAUGUGGCGAUUUGUCACAAUUGUGGACUUCCAGGCCACAUUGCUUCAGAAUGCACCACAAAGGCAUUAUGUUGGAAUUGUCGAGAACCGGGCCAUAUGGCUAGCAAUUGUCCAAAUGAGGGCAUCUGCCACACCUGUGGCAAGGGUGGACAUCGUGCUAGAGAUUGCACAGCUCCUCCACUGCCACCUGGCGACUUGAGGUUGUGUAACAACUGCUAUAAGCAGGGUCAUUUUGCAGCUGAUUGUACAAAUGACAAGGCAUGCAAUAAUUGUAGGAAGACUGGUCACCUGGCACGUGAUUGUCCCAAUGAUCCUAUCUGCAACUUGUGCAAUGUGUCUGGGCAUGUAGCUAGGCAGUGCCCAAAAAGCAAUGUCCUAGGAGAGCGGGGUGUGGCAACUGGUGGUGGAGUUCGUGGCAGUGGUUACCGAGAUAUUGUAUGUAGGAACUGCCAGCAGCUGGGACAUAUGAGCAGGGAUUGCAUGGGGCCUUUGAUGAUUUGUCAUAAUUGUGGCGGACGAGGACAUUUGGCAUACGAAUGCCCUUCGGGAAGAUUCAUGGACCGGUAUUCACGUAGGUACUAAUGUCUGGUGACAUAAGGCAUUUUUAGCAAUUUGUACUAUUUAUGCCUUUUGUUAUUGGAUACUGCUUAUUUAGAUGAGAUUUGUUGAAGUUUGAGACAGCGUAGAGAGUUGAGCAGAGUUCGUUUGCAAUUUUAUGUUGUAGGACUGGAUAAUUUGUUUUCAAUUGAGACUUAAUGAUUCAGCAUUAUUACUGGGUUAUGAAUAAAACCUUACCAUUGACUAGAA